AUGUGGGCACCAGCCAGCUCACGGGGACGGCUUGCAGGAGUGGGGGAUGCUGACCAUUCCAGCGGGACAGGCUACAUACCCCCUGGCACCCGCAAGUCCAGUGACCCUGGGAUAGAGUCAGGGGUCCCUGCGGGCUCAGAACUGGCCAAGUACUUUUUGGCAGAACUGCUCUCAGAGCCAAGCCAGACAGAAAAUGAAGCCCUGGAGUCUGAGGACUUGUCCCGAGGGGCUGAGCAGGAUGAAGUGAGACUGGAGCUGGAGCGCUCGGCUAACUCAAACCCUGCUCUGGCGCCCCGGGAACGCAAAGCGGGCUGCAAGAACUUCUUCUGGAAAACGUUCACAUCCUGCUAGCUUUUGAAACCCACCUCUCCUUCCCAUCCAUCCCUGCCUUCUCACUAGCCCCCCGCCCCAAGCAGAAGCUUCACCACAAGAGGCGAAGACUGUAAAUACACAAUCCACAGUUAUGGUGAAAUUAAAAAUUGAGGAAAAUUUGAGUUCGAUUUCCAGUUGUUUUAAUAAAACUUUCUGUUCCAAUUGUACACAAUUUGCUUGAGUUGUGAUUUAUGACUAGUUCUUCAAUGACAUGCACUCUGCAACUCUUUCAGAUGUACUAUUUUUAAUUCUUUGUUGCAAUAAAGUUUAUGUUUCAAACGGUGA